AUGACCUCAAGAAUGGCACAAAAGCCUGCAUAUGAGCUUUUCUCAAAGGAGACAAGGGCCUUUGUUUACGGAAUGCAAACAAAGGCCGUCCAAGGAAUGCUCGAUUUUGAUUAUAUGUGUGGUCGAAAAGUACCCUCUGUCGCCGCCAUAAUUUACACUUUUGGUGGCCAAAGUAUCACCAAGAUGUACUGGGGAACCAAGGAGAUUCUCCUACCAGUAUACCGUUCGGUGGAAGAAGCUUGUAAUAAACAUCCUGAUGUCGACGUCGUUGUUAAUUUUGCUUCCAGUCGUAGUGCCUUCCCCUCUACGAUGGAGCUGAUGGAUUACCCCCAAAUCCGUUGCAUUGCUAUUAUCGCCGAAGGUGUCCCCGAGCGUCGCGCUCGUGAGAUUCUAGUCAAGUCAAGAGAAAAGAAUGUUGUUAUUAUUGGACCUGCGACUGUUGGUGGUAUUAAACCAGGUUGUUUCAAAAUUGGUAACACGGGAGGUAUGAUGGACAACAUUGUCGCAUCGAAGCUUUAUCGUCCCGGCUCUGUUGCUUAUGUUUCCAAGUCAGGUGGUAUGUCUAACGAAUUAAACAACAUCAUCUCCAAUAACACUGAUGGUGUGUAUGAAGGUAUUGCUAUCGGUGGUGAUCGCUAUCCCGGUACAACUUUCAUUGAUCAUCUUUUCCGCUUUGAAGCCGAUCCUGAUUGCAAAUUGAUGGUUCUACUCGGAGAAGUUGGUGGUGUUGAAGAAUAUCGAGUUAUUGAAGCCAUUAAGAAUGGUACUAUCAAAAAGCCCAUCGUCGCAUGGGCUAUUGGUACCUGCUCUAGUAUGUUCAAGACUGAGGUUCAGUUUGGUCAUGCUGGUUCUUUUGCGAACUCUGAAAUGGAAACCGCAGUAGCUAAAAAUAAGGCUAUGAGAAAUGCUGGCAUAUUCGUUCCCGAUACUUUUGAAAAUCUUCCAGCUGUAUUACAUGGCGUUUAUGAAGAACUUGUCAAAAAGGGCGUCAUUGUUCCCAAACCUGACCAAACCCCUCCCAAUAUUCCAUUGGACUAUGCCUGGGCGAAGGAGUUAAGUAUGGUCCGUAAACCUUCUUCCUUUAUUUGCUCUAUCUCAAACGACCGUGGUCCCGAAUUAACAUACAGUAACGUUCCUAUCAGCAAAGUAUUUGAAGAUGAUCUUGGAAUUGGAGGUGUUAUUUCUUUGUUAUGGUUCCGCCGUCGUCUUCCAUCCUAUGCUACCAAGUUCUUAGAAAUGAUCCUUCAACUCACAGCCGAUCAUGGUCCUUGUGUCUCUGGUGCCAUGAACACCAUCAUAACCACAAGAGCUGGUAAAGAUUUAAUUUCUUCUUUAGUUUCUGGUUUACUUACCAUUGGUACCCGUUUUGGUGGUGCUUUGGAUGGUGCUGCACAAGAAUUUUCAAAAGCAUUCGAUUCCGGCCUAUCUCCUCGUGCCUUCGUUGAUAGCUGCAGAAAAGCUAACAAACUUAUUCCUGGUAUUGGCCACAGAAUUAAGAGUAGAAACAACCCAGACCUUCGUGUUGAAUUGGUAAAGCAGUACGUCAAAAAACACUUCCCUUCUACCAAACUUUUAGACUACGCUUUGGCAGUUGAAAAUGUCACUACUUCGAAGAAGGAUAAUUUAAUUUUGAACGUCGACGGUUGUAUUGCAAUUUGUUUUGUCGAUUUACUCCGUAACUGUGGUGAGUUCACCUUGGAAGAGGCAAAUGAAUACAUCAAAUUGGGUAUUUUGAACGGCAUGUUUGUUCUUGGACGCAGUAUAGGUCUUAUUGGUCAUCACUUGGACCAGAAGCGCUUAAGAGCACCUUUAUAUCGCCAUCCCUGGGACGAUUUUUUGUAUCUUUCUUAA